UAUAUAUGGUGACUAGUCCAAAGAAUUCUGUGUUCACAGUGAACAUACUUGCCAAGACUUGCUCUUGUUUGCAGUGGCAGUUGAGGGGGUUCCCCUGUAUGCAUGCAGUGAGUGCAUUGCAUAGCAUAAGGCCACAAUGGAGAAAGUACUGCAGUGAUUACUAUUCAGUGGAGAACUAUAAGGCCACAUAUGCACCAACUUUUGCACCACUAGAUGAUAAAAGUGAAUGGGUCCAGCCAAACAUGAACAAGAAGAUCUUGAACCCUCCUCACAGUAGGAAACCAGGAAGACCCAAGAGCAAGAGGGUAAGAAGUUAUGAUGAACCUCGUGUUGAGAAGACAAAAAGGAGGUGUGGGAAAUGUGGAAAUGUUACUAACCACAACAAAAGAACAUGUGCUGGUGGUGAAGUGGGAUCUAAUCCAACUGCAAAGAGGCAAAGGACUGAAUGUGAUGCACAAAGCUUCACCUUCAGCAACAUAGAGCCAAGUCAGACCACCGGAGUUAGGGGUGCAGCUAAGUCAAACAAGAAGAAGAGAACGGCAUCAUUUGUUGGUGAAUGUUUUACAGGGCCUGGCAGUCAGCCUUUGGCAACACCAUCUUCUACUCCAGCUUCCACAACACCUAUGAGUCUGCCAUCUAUAGCACCAUCUUCUACUCCACCCUCUACAAUAAAUAACCUUUAUCAGAACUUCUUUGGCAUUGGAUCUGUAUCUCAGAAUAUAAAACAAGGAAAGGGAAGGGGAAAUGGAAAGGCUAAGAAGAAAUGAU